UCUGAUUGCGUUUCUGCAUGAUGAAAAGUAUUCCGAUAUAUAAAAGGGGGAACUGCUGAGAGCCAGCAAAGGAGACCUGACUGGUUGGCAGCCGUCGGUGAAGGAUUCGGCGCUUCGGAGGUACUUCAGAGGAGGGUAUCAGAACAAGCUUUCAGAACCUCGGCCAGCACCUGUGGAAGAAGCAUCAACGGUAAAGCACAGAUUCAAAGCGAUGUUACACAGGAGCGGUUCUCAGUUCCUGCUCUUGAUAGCCCUGUGUUGCGUUCUGUACUCUGGGACACUCAGUCUACCGUAUACAUCAAUGAGGUUGGCUAAUCUUGACGGGGACAACGAGAACUGGACCAGGACCCCGUCCAUACACGACUCCCUCCCAGAAAACUACAAACUCCAGUACGAUUUAUCAAAACAAAUGCAAAGACCCACCAGGCACGCCGACGGUCUCUUCACCAGUGGGUACAGUAAGCUCCUGGGUCAGCUGUCCGCCAGACGCUACCUGGAGUCCCUGAUCGGAAAGCGAGUCAGCGAUGAGCUCGCAGAGGAGCAGCUGCCUGUGAAGCGACACUCCGAUGCCAUUUUCACUGACAACUACAGUCGGUUCCGCAAACAGAUGGCAGUGAAGAAAUACCUGAACUCCGUCCUGACUGGGAAAAGGAGCCAAGAGGACCCUCCAGCCACACAAGAUGAGCCCAUCAGAAGUGAGCUCUCCACGCCAGAGAGCUUCGAUGACAUCAGCAUGGAUGAGCUGCUCAGCCAUCUCCCAUUGACACUCUGAGGAAUUUUGGGGAGAGACAGAAGCCAUGGUCAUUCAUCAUCAGUGAUUUUAAUAGCAUUAUGAGGACAUCAGUAAUCAAAAUCCAAAUGGAAAUAUAUCACAGUAAAAAAAAGAAAUUAUAUAUAGAGUAAAUGUUUACAUUGUACAGACAAUACUUUAGCUAGAGUUGUUGACCUGAUGCUGUACAUAAUGUGUAUUGGCCAAAAAAUGAAUUGUUUGGAAUAGUCUUCUGUAAAUGGUAGAUCAAUAAAUGCAUUUAAACAAGCGCUGUGCUGGGCAUGAUCCAAUUGUACUGUAUCACAGAGUCAGGGCAGGUUCCACAGCAUUCCAGUAUGUAUUCAUAUUAAACUAUAAUAAUCAAUAAAUGUAAUAACCCAGCACUUUGUGAUGCAGGAUUGGCCUAAGAUAUAAAAGAUGUCCAUUUAUUUUUAAACUCGCCUUCAUUUUGUAUGAGAAACACUAUUUUGUUUCUGCUGAAAGAUUAUAGUAAAUGUGGGUGAUUAAAAUAGAAAACAUGCAAACACAGAGCAGUCCGAUAUUGGAUCAAUCAGCGCCUGCAAUUUGUAUUUGCAGUCAGGACUGGGGCAGAGCUUGGAAAGUGAGAGCUGGAAUGGAAUAAUCCUGUCCCAUUAAGGUCUGUCUCAAGGGGGAAGGAAGACCGGGCGAGGGGCCAUUGACCCGAAACAGCAGAUUAAGAGAAACAAAUAGCCCUGCAUUGGAAAUUCUGUCCUUCAGAACAACUAGUGAAGACAAAGCAUAGCAUGUUAUGUGUGAUUCUUUCCUAAAAAAACACCAAAAUCACUGUUUGAUUCACAGGCUUAAUGUCAAAAACGACGAAUCCAGCAUGUUGUCUUUCUGCCUAAGAACUCAAGUGAAACGUUGUGCGAUAAUCCAUAACCUAAAGAUUCGAUUUUAUUUUUAAUGAAAGGUCAUAUUAAAGAUGAGAAAACUCCUUUUUCAUUUCUACUCUGAGACAUGUUUUUCUGAACACUGCGACAGAAUCUUUUACUCCACAAUUGAAUGUAACUUACAAUAUGUGCAGCAAAUAAAUGAUUUAUUAGUGCAAAGCGGCCCUUUGUGUGUCACAUUUAUUUGCGAAGACAACAAUUACCUGGCUUUCCCUUAUCCUCCAUUUAUAGU